GAGGGGGAAGAGGCCACCUCGUGCAGACGCGGAAGCGCCGGAUCGAGUCCCUGCGCUUCCAGCCAGAAACCCCGGAACCGGAGCCAGCGGCCCGAGCGCACCGCGGCGGCUCUGCGCCAAGCGCGAGAGUGGAGCGCGUGACGAAUAACGAAGAACGAGGAGACCAUGUUGCUGCGCACGCGACCGCCUCUUCUUCCUCUCCUUCUUCUACUUCUUGUUCUUUCUCGCGCUCUCGAGCGGGCCUUCGACGAUGCACGCAGUAAUAAUAAUCCCAUCGUCCCCCAAAUGGACUAACUGAUUAUCGCAGAUCAUCGCGGAGGGAAGCCGCCGUUCAGUGUCACGGUGGGAAAGUGAAGGUAUAGAAAGAGGAAGAAACGGACGCGCGAGGCGGACCUCAACGUCAAAUGACCAUAGUGGCAGAAAAGAAGCCGCCACGGUGGAGUCGGUCUGUGCUGCGCUUGUCCGAAAUAUGACCAGCGGCACUCGCAAGCCUCGGCAGAGAGAUGACGGCAUAACGCACCGGCUUGCACCGCGAGAGAACGAGCAGCAGUCCGCAGACUCCGAGCGGGCGCAACGAUGGCGGCUCUCCUUGGCGUCGCUCGUCGUCUUUGCCGCGCUGCUUUCUGACCGGCCGCGCUUCUGCGCCGAGGCCAAGCUUACCAAAAGCCGAGACGAGGAGCCGGGGCGGAUUGCUUCGCCUCGAGACGACAUUUAUCUUGGAAACACUAGUCAACCGGCGUGGAGACUGGAAACGUGCCACGCGAACGGCGCGUCCAGGAGCUGCUUCACGUUCGUCGACGCGGACCACCUGUGUGAGGGCCUCUCGGGGCCAGACGUGAACCCGAGCGACUUGUACCUCUCGUUUUGCAACGCCUAUUCGCUAAUGGAUUUGCUGUACGGCUCGACGAACCCGGACAACUUAAACUGCAGCGUGGAUGCGCUCGCAAGCGACGACCCUUCCAGGUGUAGCCUGUGCGUACAGGCGUACCAGCGCUAUGACCUGCACGCUCAGGAGAAAUACGAGGAGUUCGAGAGCAUGACCGAGCGCUUUGAGACGACCGCGUACUCGGUGCGAACGUGCAUGGAUGAGUGUAAGGUGGUGUACAAGCCCUGGCUCUGCGCUCAGUUUUUCCAGAGCAAUCAGUCCAGCUGUAGCCACAAGAUCCCAUGUGAGCAGUACUGUCUUGAGGUCCAGCAGAGGUGUCCCUUCAUAUUGCCUGACAAUGAUGACCUUAUACAUGGAGGCACUCCCAGUUUUAUAUGUUCAGGGCUUUCAGAGGAUGCAGACGACACAAAGCAUGAGCCACAGUGCUGUGAUGUGCGGUGGGAGCUAAAAUUCAAAGAAUGUUCGCACAGCACAUUCAAAAGGACUCAUCCCUCACGCCAGCAUACGUCUGCUACGACCUCGGGAGCGCCGAGGCUGAAUCAAGGCAGACUGAAGCUCUGCUUGCUAGUCCUGGUCCUCUUGCACACGGUAGCGGCCAUGACAGCUGUCCAGAACUCCACCUGCCUUGCCACCAUCUUCCCGCUGGAGGACAAUGCCCCCAGAGAAGAGUGACUGGAGGCAGGAAGUGGGUUGGCUCUAGCCAAUCAGCAUGCUCCAAAAAGCGAAAUAUGGCCAGCAAGGAACUGGGCCGAACCGAGUCGAAACAAGCACGCCAGGCACGCCGGCAGAUCCCUAACUGCGCUUUACAUGUUCAGUGCUCUUUAUGCCCCAGGUAGAAGAAAUGGCAAGAGAGAAUUCAAGAGAAGGGCAAGAAGAGAUGAAGGAAGAGGAAGACCAAGGCUGUGUCCUUUUGAGAUGUCAGUUCUCACACUGUUCUGAAAAGUAUACAUUUUGUUUUUUUGUUGUAUCAGAUGAUGGUCAGACUUUUUCUCUUUUUAGCUUCUGCUGUCAAAAUGGGUUUCUGUGUUUGUCAUCCACUUCAUAUUAAAAUGGAACGAGGGAAGAAACCUGAGUUAUAUGUAUCCAUGUCUCAGACAAACAACUCUAUGUCAUAUAUUGUUUUUACAUUUGACAGCUAGCAUGAAUAGAAAUAUGCUGUAUUUGGAAAGAUACGAACAGGAGGCUGAUUGUGGAUUUAAAUCCGUUAACUACCUGUAACCUCCAUUCUUCAUUGACCAGAUUCAGAUCUUUGCCUUGCAAACAAGAUAUAGACAGGGCCAUGUCAAAACAGCCUUAAAAACAGAACCCCAUAGCAAUCAUUUGUGUACUAUACCAUUUCCCAUGUUUAGCCUCUAUAUAUCCUUGCUGCUUAGCAGACUACAUUAAAGCCCUCUUGAUAUCCUGAUACCUACUGGGACAGCUGAUAUCUUUUUAAUGUGCAGUGAAAAGUGUGCUGAUCCACCACCAUCUUGCCACCAUUCUUACAAAAUAUGGAAGGAAACCAGACUGGAUGCUAGGAAUGAAGAACUGGUAGACAGUUCAAAGAUGCAAAUCAGCCAGUUAUAUUUUGUGUGAAUAAUGGAAUGGCUCUUUAGUAUUCCAUCCAAAAAAGCUCGAUCAAAACAUUUGUUUUAUUAAAGUUUGAUUCAGAUCAUGAGCCAUUAUAGCCAUUGUCCCUCUUUCCAUUAUAGCUCGAUCUUUACCUCGACAGGCUGCAAUAACAUGACUGGAGUGCCUGGUCUUGCCUAAAACACAUACAAAAGGAACAACAGCUGCUCCAUCAAAAACAAGUUUUAUUUAGAAUGUGGUUGUUAAAUGACCGCAGAUUAACUUUCUUUGGGUGGUUCAUACUGUAGAUGGUUCAAAAUGAUAUCAUGUUUUGACAAUUUUAUCAAUGCUUGUUCUUAUUUCCACACUUUUUUUUUAUGCCCUUAAUACGGUAACUUAUAAUGCUAACGAGCUGCUGAAAAGAGCUGCAUAGUGAUCAGUUGUAAUUGCGCUGUAAUUUUUUUGUUAUCGUUUUGGUCUCAAAAUGUCCUACACUGUUGUGUAAAGGGCUUAGCAGAUAGCUUGGAAGAGAAGGAGUUCUCAAGGGCUUAUUCUUUAAACCUCCUUCUGUGUGUAGGACUGUACGUUUUUAAUGUCUGACUGUAUGAGCGUCUGGCUGCUGAUAUACUGUUUUGCGGUCUGUUUUACUUGGUGUUACAUCACUAAUCUAUGUUAAAAGGCGUAUUCUUAUGCUUAACCUUUACUGUGUCUUUGUAAUUGGCUGGAUAACCUUCCCGGGCACAUAUGUUUCACAUAAUAAUGUUGCAAUGUCCCUCAAUCUGAAAGGCCCAAGUGCCUCAGCUGUUCAUUUGUUUAAUGCUAUUUCUUUAACACAGCAGUAUACAGAGAAAUGGCAGCAGUUACAGCGACAGUUGAUUAACAGUGUAUCCGACACACAGGUGAUGCUUGGCUGUGGCGCUGAAGUUAUCAAUAUUGAAAGGAGCCCAAGUACAUUUUGGGCUUUAAAAAUAUAACAUUGCGUUCAGACUAAAUUUAGAGAACACAGCUCGCCUUUGUUUUUAAUUUGGCUCUGACACGCACCCAGCUCUGGAGAGACAAGAACCACAGAAAGCUUUGUAAAGUUUUCAUAUUUAUUCCUUUUUAGAGUCAGUUUGGGCAAGUUCACAGUUUGUACUUAGAUUGUCAGAGCAGCUCCUAAUAUUUGCACAGUCUCAUUUUCUGCACACUUUGGUUGCACUUUUCCUGGUUCACGUAUUUGAGCUUAUAACAUUUCUGGCUCCCUUCUUAACCGCUCAGAUCAAACCACUUUAUUGUGUUGUCAAGUGCGAGAAAACAGCAGAAAUACAGUUUACAGGUGAAUACAUUAUACAGGUAACUCAAUAUACAGGUAAUUACUAGAUUGUUCUCUUUCAGCCUCCUCACACAGUUUCUAACCGAUCCGCAAUAGAACAACUAGCAUGGAGUUACUCGCACCUUUCUCUUUAUCAAAGGCUAACAACGUUGAUUUACACCACCAAGUUACCAAAAGCAUCAGUUUUGCUCUCUUAGUAAUUCACAUAAGAGCUAUGAUUUCAUGCCGUAAUACGGGUAAUUUUAGACUUUCACAUAGACUUGUCAUGGUUGAGUGACUUUGUUUGGAUAUAUAUCAGCACUAACACCUAUUUCGACUCUGCUCUGUGAUCAAAGAGGAAAUAAUGAUACACAAUGAUGAACUGUCGCUAGUUCCACGACAACGACAUACGUGAAACUCGACCCUGUGGGAAACACUGAUUUUAUUACAGUAUAUAAUAAAGACCAGGCUAGUCUUAUAUUGUAGUUUUGUGAUGAUGGCUUUAAUAAGUGAACCUAAAAAACAUGCUUUAACCCAUAGUCAUGUUGUAUGUUCUAUUUGCUGUUUAAUGCAGCUGGCCAAGGUCUUACAGUUCAGAGGUGACAAUCAUUCCUCAUUCCAUUAAACAUUUGAGUAUUCUAAAAAAAUAUGAUCUAGCCUUACAAACAAACAACGGGAUUUGUGGAUAUUGGGGAUGUCCCAUAAUUAGAAUAUAUAUGUAUAUAUCUUUUAUUAUAAUAAAAAUAUUCUAAGGAAGGAUAUUCAAGAACAAAUUCUUGACAGCAGAGUUUUUCAGGGUUUGCGGUGUCCAACACUGCCGAGUGGCGCACAUCGUCUUCUUUAUAUAAACUGUUUUACUCUGCAUUACAUUUUACCCUGACAGCAUAUACUGUACUAUGCCCUGUGGUAACUCAGAACUACAGUUUCUAGAGAAAGGACGUCAAAGAAAACCAGAUGCAUGUUAUAAUAUUUACGUUAUGACAACACAAAUCCUUUCAUAGCGAUCGUCAUUCAGCCUGUAAGCCAUUUUAAGUUUCCACUCAAAGGUGACACUUAAAAAGUCUCCAGAACUGGCCUCCAUGUUGGUCUUGUUGACCUUAUUAAAAACUUAAGGCUGAUCCUACACAAUUCAUCUAACCUUCCCUCAGAUAUUUCACACGUUUUUGCUUUUCAUCCUUUGUCUGAACCAUUUAUCUUUGGAAAUCCUGUUGAUCUAUGCAGAUGUGCCUCUGUCAUUAUAUUGUAGAUUUGUGCCAAUGUAAAUUUGUGCUAAUUUGUCUCACUGUUGCCUGUCUUUAUUUGAGAUUUUUGGUGUUUUUUUCCUCUCCCCUAAUUUUUUCUACUCUGUUACCCUUCUGUUGGUCACAUGUCGGUGGUUUUGGCACUGCAUUUUCUUAGUCACGUCUCAAAAAGUGCAAGCUGCUUCAGUGAAUGUUUUCCUCUUCUGGGCUGAGCAAAUCGUGGUUCCGUGGAAUUUCAAACGCUGACAUGGAAUCAGACUGACAUAUAUAGAUAUUACAAUUAUUAUUACAGUGUCAUAUUGUCACACAAUAGAUGCUUUAGUUCACUGUUUCUCUUUUCAUUUUUUUUACACAAAGACUUUGAUUAAAUAUUUAUA